AUGCCGGGUUUCAACGGACGCAUUGCGAAUCUGAUAAGAGCCCGGGACACCCUCACCCCAAACCGCCUCACCUUCGUGCGGACCAAGACGACCAUGGCCGCCGAUUCGGAAUCGCAGGUCGCCCCCGAACAACCGGGCCCCCCAGUUGGAACUCGGCGGUCCGCCAUAGGACCCCUCUUCCCGAUGGGAUACAAGGACGCGGCAUAUCAAUGGUGGAAUAGUACGACCCCGCUCGCUGCCGAACGAAACGUCCUCUCCUUCAUCCCCUACCUUCGAGAAGCCUCGGAAUUCUUCGCCACCGGCGCCGGAAACGGAGAUAUAUUCGACCCCUUCGGAACACGAGUGUGGAAGACGGAACUAGUUCAGCUGUCGGGCAAGAAUAGGGCGUUGAACGAGUACUCGGUCGAGCGUGUGGGCGAGGAGGUCAAGGAAACGUUGGUAAUGGUCCAUGGUUACGGAGCGGGGCUUGGAUUUUUCUACAAGAACUACGAGCCCUUGACCCGGAUACCUGGGUGGAGGCUAUACUCCCUUGAUUUGCUCGGCAUGGGCAACUCUGCCCGACCUCCUUUCAAGAUUCGUGCAUCCGAUCCUAAAGAAAGGGUUACAGAGGCAGAAUCCUGGUUUAUCGACGCGUUGGAGGAGUGGAGGAUACAACGUAAGAUCGAAAGGUUCACGCUGAUGGGCCAUUCCCUCGGCGGUUACCUCGCGGUCGCGUAUGCGUUAAAAUACCCCGGCCGCCUAAAGAAGCUAAUCCUAGCCUCGCCGGCCGGUAUCCCCGAAAAUCCUUACGCCGUUAGCGAGAAGCUACCCGAGCCUAGCGAGUCGACGAUGGCUUCCGAGUUUACUGAAGAUCAAGAAACCGUUACGCAAGGCCACGCCAAGAUUAGCCAGUCCGACAACAAGAGAGCUCCCAGUGUAGCUUCUCAAACAUCUACAACAACAAACGCUCCGGCUCGAAAGCUUCCGCCGUGGUUUGUCUGGCUCUGGGACGCCAACUUCUCACCGUUCACCCUUGUACGAAUGACCGGGCCGCUAGGACCACGAUUCGUAUCUGGUUGGUCUUCCCGCCGAUUCAACCACCUACCACCUGAGGAGGCGCAGGCCCUCCACGACUAUACGUUUUCCAUCUUCCGCCAAAGGGGAAGCGGCGAGUAUGCCCUCCCCCACCUCCUCGCUCCCGGCGCGUACGCGCGCGACCCCGUCGUCAACAAAAUCCACAUGGUUGGUCGCAUGGUAAUAUCGCAGACGGAAACGGAGAUCAUCCGCGAGACCGGCAUCCCCAUCAUCAUGCUUUAUGGUGAGAACGACUGGAUGGAUGUGGCGGGUGGGUUCGCGGCCGAGCAGAAGCUCAAGGAGGCCAGGAUCAAGGCGCUGCUCCACGGCACGGACGAGGAGAAGAGGAGAGAAAACGGACGUGCGAGCGUCCUGGUGGUGUCGAAGGCGGGACACCACCUUUACCUCGAUAACGCCGAUGAGUUUAAUGAGAUUAUGAGGAAGGAGAUGGAGGAGACUAUGGCGAUGAAGAUAUGA